GCUGCUAGUUGCUACAUUGUAAACACGUGCUUUUUAGGUUAAUCUAUACACAAGUGCACUGUAUUUUUGUAUAGUUUUGACAGGUUCUUUGGAUUUUUUAUACAUAACACGUUAAAAAUGGAUAUUUGUUUAAAUGUCGUGAGUGGAGAGAGAAAAAAGAAAGUAAAGCCAGCUGCAUAUUUUAAAAAAUCAGCAGUGGCAAAAAGCAAAAAAUUUUCUCGGCAGAGAAAUGACGCCGAAGACGCAUUUGUUCCUAACAAUUCUAUUAAGGCAAUUGUCAAUAGAAAGAGAAAAAUUUCCGAUGCUGUCAACACUACAUCAAGUACUCAGCAGCCUGAUGCACAUGUUACUGCAAACUCCAAACCCAUAGUGUCUAAAGUGCAAGAAUCAUCUGCCAAACAACAAGUAACAACGAGUAUUUCUCAAAAUUCCCAACAGAAACAAGAAAGCUCUCAAAAAAUGGAUACAGGCGAUAAAGUUCAAGCUGAUCUUAAAAGAAAGUUUUCGACACCAGAAAACAAAACUGGUCUUAUGUUAAAUGUUAAUCAAGAAUCAGAUGGUGCUCCUCUUAAUAAGAAAAGGAAAUUUGGCACAGAUAGUGCUAAAAGACCUUUUGAAAAAUUUAAUGACAAAACAAGAAGUGACGUACAUGCAAGUGACCAGAAUUCAAAACUUCAUUCAAAAAGUGGUAAAAUAUCUUCUCUGUUUGGAAAUAACCCUAUUGUUCCACACAUAGGUCAACGUUUUGUAAGACCUAUUGAUGAAAAAGUUUUUACUGCUGAAAAAUUCAGUGAUCUUAAUAUUCACCCUCAUGCAGUAGCAAAUUUAGAACAAAAUUUUAAGAUUACUAAGAUGACGACUGUACAGAAAAAAGCAAUACCAGUAAUUAUGUCUGGCAAAGAUGUUUUGAUCAGAUCUCAGACAGGUUCUGGUAAAACUCUUGCUUAUGCCCUACCCAUUAUUGAAAAAUUACAGAGUGUUAGACCAAAGCUACACAGAAAGUGCGGUAUUAAAGCAUUAGUAAUCGUACCAACAAGAGAAUUAGCGCAGCAAACAUACAAUUGCUUUUUAAAAUUAGUCAAGGCAUUUGUUUGGAUAGUUCCUGGUAUUGUAGCUGGAGGAACUAAUAAUCAUAAAGAAAAAGAUAAACUAAGAAAAGGCAUUAAUGUAUUAGUAGCUACUCCUGGAAGGUUAUUAGAUCACAUCAAAUCCACAAAAGCUUUAACGUUGGAUUCUGUUCAAACAUUAGUGUUAGAUGAAGCUGACAGAAUGUUUGAUAUGGGUUAUGAAAAAGAUAUAUCAGCAAUUGUAGAAGCUCUCAAAGGGGCAGAACCAGAAUCCAACAAUUCUGAUUACAAUCCUAUGCAAUUGCUCAAGCAGCAUAUCAAUCCAGAUGAACAAAAAGAGGAUGUUGACAAAGACAUUGUCGGAAAAAAGAAUGAAGACAAACGUGAAGUUGAAGACGAAGAUGAAGACGAAGAUUCUGAAAAAAAGAAGCAGAUAGAAGAGGCUAUAAAACGAUAUCACUCUGGCAGUGAAGAUGAAUCAGACGAUGAAAGCGACAAACUUCAGAAGAAAUCAGUUACUGAUGAUAAAAAAUCUGAAGAAACAGAUGUAUCACCCUCCAAUGAUAAUUUAUUCCGGAGACAAACAAUUCUUUUAUCUGCAACAUUAACCCAAAAAGUGGACAAGCUUGCUGGGUUAACUAUGAAAAAUCCAACAUUUGUUGAUGCUGCUAAAGAUAACAUAGAAGCAGUAAACGGUGAUAUGAGUGAAGUGAAUGAAGACUGGGUAGUACCACAAACUGUAACUCAGAGUUAUAUUGUAACUCCUCCUAAGCUGAGAUUGGUAGCGUUGAGCGCUUUUAUUGCUAGCAAAUUUCAGUCACAGAAAAGUCACAAGAUGUUGGUAUUCAUGGCAACGCGGGGUAUGGUUGAGUUCUAUACAGAAAUUUUGUCUACAGUUCUGUGCGAACCUGACAACGAGGAAUACGGAGUAGGUUUGAAUACUCUGGAUAACGUGCAAUUUUUCAAAUUACACGGAGACAUGGCCCAAAAAGACCGAGACAAAACAUUUAAAGAUUUUUGCGCAGCUGAAAGUGGCGUACUUCUCAGUACGGAUGUCGGAGCUCGCGGCCUCAAUUGGGAAGUCAACACCGUCGUCCAGUACACGGGUCCGACGUCGCUGAGCGACUACGUGCACCGAGCUGGACGCGCGGGACGUGCCGGCGCCUUGGGCUCGGCCGUGAUCUUCCUCGUGCCGUCGGAGGUGGAGUUCGUCCGGUCCCUGGAGAGCCGUCGCAUACGGAUCAAGCAGGACGUGGACGUGGAAGUGAUCCUGAAGGAGCUCAUUGGCCGCUUCACGCAGCAAAACGACUGGAAGGCCGGCGCGACCAACCUGCAGAAUAAGUUCGAGAGUUUGGUACUGGAGAAUAAGGAAUUCAAAACUAUGGCGUUCAACGCUUACACGUCAUGGGUGAGAUUCUACUCGAGUUAUCCGGUCGAGAUGCGCAGCGUCUUCAAUCGCAAGGAGCUCCACCUCGGUCAUUUCGCCAAGAGUUUUGCCCUGAGGGAAACGCCGAGAGAUAUCGGCGGCGCUGCCAAAAAAGACCAAGACAAGAAAAAGACAGAUCAGCGCAAGAGACAUCAAAAACCUAACAACAGAAACGGCAACAACAAAAGACGAGAUUCCAUGGGACAUAAUAACAACAAAGGGCCGAGAAAACAAUUCAACAUGAAAACAUCAGAAUAAUGUUAAUUUGUUCCAAG